CGCAAGGCCAAAGAAGGUCGUGACUUUCGGGCUCAUCGUGUUGGCUAUCUUCCUACCGUGGUUUGCUCUCUACCUUGAUGGGUCCUCUUGGCCAACAAUCGCAAUGAACUUUGCAGCCUGGAUUUUCUUACCAAUACUCGGACCGGCCGGCGCAUUCAUCCACGCCAUCAUCUGCCUUUGCCGUACAGACAAGCACCGCAUGUACUCCAAGCCUGCGCGCCGCCGCCUGCGCUACGACAACCACCUGAGUGCCAAUACCCAAGCGCACAUAGAGAUGAAGGCCGUGGAGCCCGAGCCCGAACCGGCACCAGUCAUACGAGCGAUCGCGGAGCCACCUCCAGCUCCGGUAGAGAGCGCACCUACGGAACCUAUAGCCAAGAAUCCAUCAGCCACAUCUUCAUCCACAUCGGUGUCGUCGUCCGAUGUCGAGGAGGAGACUGCUCCUGCCCCUGCGCCGCUGCAGAGGACAGCUACUGUCCCUCUACAAAGGACCGCCACUGCGCCGCCCGCGAGGGCUGCCACCGCAAAGAAAGAGGACGAUCCGUUCAAGGACCCUAAUGCUUAACGUGAUGUUGUGGUGUACCCGCCCGUG